UGAUGGCAGUUCUCUGAACGCACCUGACAGACUGAAACACGAUACAAGAUCGACUAACAGAAGACAUGAAGGCUUCUUUCAAUACGACAAAUUGGAUGAUACAUUGUGGAUUUUAAUUGUAAUAUUUUCGCGCCACAACGAAAAGAAGAAAACAUUUUCAAAGCAUUUUUAACCUGCCAUCAUGGAGUCUAAUAAAAAGCAGUUGACGCUUCAGCUGCUGAUGUCUGUUGGGACUGCUGUGAUCGGCUCCUUGCAAUUUGGCUACAACACAGGAGUCAUCAAUGCCCCUCAGAAGAUCAUCGAGACUUUCUACAAUGAGACGUGGCAUAAGAGGUAUUCAGAGUACAUGCUGUCGACCACUCUAACUACACUCUGGUCCGUAUCAGUGGCCAUUUUCUCUGUAGGUGGCAUUUUCGGCUCCUUCUCAGUUGGGCUGUUUCUAAACCGCUUUGGCAGGAGGAACUCAAUGCUCAUUGUUAAUGUUCUGGCCUUCAUAGCUGCAGCAUUAAUGGGCUUUUCCAAGCUGGCUGAAUCCUGGGAGAUGCUUAUUAUUGGACGCUUCAUAGUGGGCCUUUACUCUGGCCUGUCCACAGGCUUUGUACCAAUGUAUGUAGGAGAAAUUGCCCCAACUUCAUUACGUGGGGCACUGGGCACACUUCAUCAGCUUGGCAUUGUCACUGGCAUCCUCUUAGCACAGGUCUUUGGUAUGAAAGAAAUCAUGGGGACCCCUACAAUGUGGCCCUUCCUUCUUGGCUUUACUUUCAUCCCAGCCUUACUCCAGUGUGCCCUGCUGCCCUUCUGCCCCGAGAGCCCACGCUACCUCCUCAUCAAUCAGAACGAGGAGGCCAAAGCCAAGACUGUGCUGAAGAAGCUCCGUGGCACUGAUGACGUGGAUGCAGACAUGCAGGAGAUGAGGGAAGAGAGCAGGCAGAUGAUGAGGGAGAAGAAGGUCACCAUCCCUGAGCUGUUCCGCUCAUCGCUCUACCGCCAGCCCAUCUUCAUUGCCAUCAUGCUGCAGCUCUCCCAGCAGUUCUCUGGUAUCAAUGCUGUUUUUUAUUUCUCCACUGGUAUAUUUGAGAAAGCAGGGGUGUCUGAGCCAGUCUAUGCCACCAUUGGUGCUGGGGUUGUUAACACCGCAUUCACAGUUGUGUCGCUGUUCAUAGUGGAGCGAGCUGGUCGAAGAUCACUACAUCUUAUUGGGCUGAUGGGAAUGGCUGUGUCUUCUGUUCUCAUGACCAUAGCUAUGGCGCUACUAGAUCAAGUGAAAUGGAUGUCGUAUGUCAGCAUCGUAGCCAUCUUCAGUUUUGUGGCAUUUUUCGAGAUCGGACCAGGCCCAAUCCCAUGGUUCAUUGUGGCAGAACUCUUCAGUCAAGGUCCCCGGCCUUCUGCCAUCGCUGUCGCUGGUUUCUCCAACUGGUUUGCCAACUUCUUGGUGGGAAUGAGCUUCCAGUAUGUUGAGGAACUGACAGGCCCGUACGUUUUCAUCAUCUUCACUAUCCUCCUGCUGAUAUUCUUCGUCUUCACCUACUUCAAAGUUCCUGAGACCAAAGGCCGGACAUUUGAAGAGAUAUCUGCGAGCUUCCGCUCAGGGGCUGAGAAAUAUACCCAAGAUGAUCUGAACGCACUGGGGGCAGAUUCCCAGCUCUGAGCUCUACGUCAUGUUUAUACAGUAAUGUUAUAAACUAACCAAGUGAGUGUCCUUGGCUGUGGCAUGGUGGGUAUGUUCAUAAUGGCAAACUACUAUAUUACUUCUAAUAGGAAUGCAGUAGGUUAUGCAGUGUUUACUAUGCACAAGUGUUAUCACGAUACUGGAAUUUCUAACUUUGAUACGAUACCUUGAAAAAUAUCAAUAUUUAAUACCAUUUUUGAUUACCACAGGGAAAAACUGCAUACAAUUUUAGAUUUUUAUUAAAAGAUAAAUAUGACAAGGCUAGAACAUGACAAUUAGGUAUAUUCUUGCAUUAAUGAAAACUUCUUGAGGUGGUAAAACACUGGAUAAAAACUUACACUGGAGACAAGCUUAUGGAUUUGCAUAUGUUUACUUCCUUUUUUUUAUUAGAAGUAUUCAUUUUGGUAUUUUAUUACUCAGAAUAUUGUGGUGUGAGCAUUAUGGAGUGCUAUAAACACGUAAUGCAACAUAGCAUGUAAUACAGUAUAAAAUAAUAUAUUUUCUGCCCUAUUCUGUGAUGUUGUGAAGUGAGUUUGGAGUUGGUAUCGGUGUAUCGAUACUGCGGAAAAAGAGUUUUGAAACUGUCUUAUCAUUGAAAUUGUUUCAGAUAUUUCAGUAUUAAUAUGUAUCGAAAAAUACAUAUUUUUGACAACACUACUAUGCAGAUUUUCUGAUUGCAUUGAAUGCUUAAAUUACUUACUAUAUUUGCCAAACUGUGCAAGUACACACUGCUUCUUAAUAAUUACUCAUUAUUUCAACUGGACUGACAGAAGUAUGAAUAUUUGUAUUCAAAAUUGUAUUAAACAUUGCAAAAUAACCAUAUUUAUUUCUGAGAUUGUAACCAGCACCUCUCUCUAAUGUAAAAUAUCCAACAAUGUGACGACAGUGUACCAUACCACAGUUUAAAACUUUUUUUUGCAUACUGCAGACUUUUUUAGAUACAUUACAUAUUUUUUUACAUACUGUACUAUUAUUUUGUAAAAAUAAUAUGUAGUAUACAGUAUGGUGUAGCAUGCAGUAUUCCAUUCUAAACGUUCCCACUGUCUUCAGAUACAGUAGAUGAACAGUGGCACAGGAAGUCCUACUUUUUGGCUCACACCAACUGUUUUCUUAAUUGUUUGUUUUCUCAUUCUGAAAUGGAGAAUAGUAUCUAAAAAUAAUAAUCACAAUUACUGCAUGUUUACGUGCAUAUGGAUAAGAAGAUUAUUGUUCAUUUUUAGAUCAUUUGAAUGAUUCAAUUUGCACAAUUCAGCUUAAAUAUAUUGCUUUUUUUCUUAGAAUAGCACUUUUAACAGUUUUAACAGUUUUUGCUAUUGUCCUGUCAACACAUGAUGAGUUCUGAUAUAAUAUGUCUUCUGAUGUUAUAUCAAGUAUAAUGAUGUCAGAAAUGGAUAUUGCAACAUUAUGGUGUCAGAUUAUGAUACAUGUUCAUCAAUAUUUGAACUGUAGCUCUACAAAAAGAAUUCAAACUCAAUACAAUUUUUACAUUUACAUUGCAAGUCCUUCUGCUUUUCAGAAGUGUGAAUUAGGGUUUCCAGUACGAUGAGGUUUAAUAUAUUUUCAAAUCGGACCAAUCUUAUUUUGACCUCCCAGUAAAUUAACUCAACUAAUAUAUUAGUUAUACUAUAAUAUAAAAAAAUAUAUUUUCGAUUUGUGCAUAAUGUUUGUGUGAUUUGGAGAAUUUAGUAUAUUGUUCAUUUGUCAAAAGUGCAAUACUUGUUCACAUCCUGUCUAUUUAUUCCAAAUAUUGCUAAGCAUUAUGAAUGAAACGGGCUUCUAAUAUUUCUUAUGUAAAAAUUUAUUUUUUUAUGUAUAAGCGUGUUUUCACUUAACAUGGCAUAGACUGACAUAGAGCCAUUCAUCCAGAGGAUGUAAAUAGGUUCAGGUUUAAAGCAUAUAUUUUUUAAUAGAUGUGCUUAGUAUUUUGAAUUUUUUAAACUUCCUAAAAGAUGAGAUAUAGUUUUGUUCAGUACCUCACAGAAAUUGUAUUCGAAAUCCAAGAAAAAAUGUGCCAAGACAUGUCCUUGCUGGGUAUCCUAAAUAAUCAAUUUAUCAUUGGAAAUAAAUCAAAUAAACAAAACUGCAA